ACACGAGGAGAGAGACAGAGGCCCACGGCGCCGCUAAUGAGCUCUUGGGAAUCACAGCCCUGAUUUUGGAUGAUAAGCGCAUUUCAAGUUGUUGUUUUUGUAUACUACCAUUACCUGGAAUUAUGCCCUGAUGAUUUCCCUUGUCGGUGACAAUGACGGUACCUGAAUAUCCUUGCAACUGAAAUAAUUUUGUACAUCACAUGCCUAUGCUCCGCACUGGAUAUCUGGGGACCUCGUGUUUUUAAAUUCUGUGUCGGUUUUCCAUAAACUGGAACUUCAGUGAGUUCGUGCGAUUGACAUCUUGCCAUAUGUCUUUAAACGAACUGUCCGUAUUUCGAUCGGAGUGGAUUUAAACAAGGUGGAUAUAUAGACUGAAUGAACCUCAUUGCCUUGACUGUGGACGGAGACUUGCGGAGCGCCUCAUAUUAAUUGUGUAAGGUGACGCAAGAACUUCACCGGGCAGAGUACCAUCAUUUAAGACUUCUCAGGCGAACUGUAGGCUGUGCAACAUGGUGCAUUGUGCGGGGUGCGAGAGGCCUAUCCUGGACCGAUUUUUACUCAACGUUCUGGACAGAGCUUGGCACGCCAAAUGCGUACAGUGUUGUGAAUGUAAAUGCAAUUUAACUGAGAAAUGCUUCUCUAGAGAAGGGAGACUCUACUGCAAGAAUGAUUUCUUUAGGAGAUAUGGAACCAAAUGCGGAGGUUGUGCACAAGGAAUCUUGCCCAACGAUUUGGUUCGCAAAGCAAGGAACAAAGUUUUUCACUUGAACUGUUUCACCUGCAUAAUUUGCAACAAGCAGCUUUCAACUGGCGAAGAAUUGUAUAUCUUAGAUGAUUAUAAAUUCAUGUGUAAAGAGGACUAUUUGAGUAGUAGCAUCGGCAAAGACACCACCCUUCUCUCAGUUACGACAUGUAGUGACCCAAGUCUAUCCCCAGACUCCCAGGAUCCACAGGACGACGGAAAAGACUCUGAAGUUGGACAUUUAUCAGACAAGGAACCCUGCAACAAUGAGAACGAAGAACAGAACAUGGGGACAAAACGACGAGGGCCACGGACCACCAUCAAAGCAAAACAGCUCGAGACCCUGAAAGCUGCUUUUGCGGCCACACCAAAGCCCACCAGACACAUUCGUGAGCAACUCGCGCAGGAAACUGGACUCAAUAUGAGAGUGAUUCAGGUUUGGUUCCAGAAUAGGAGAUCAAAAGAACGACGAAUGAAGCAGCUAAGUGCUUUGAGUACCAGGAGGCAUCUUUUUUUCCGCAGUCCAAGAAGGAUGCGGACGUUGAUGGACCGGCUAGAGCCUGGUGAACUCAUGCCGAACGCGCAUUUCUCCUACGGAGAUUAUCAAGGUGAGUACUACGGCCCAGGGGCUAACUACGACUACUUCCCUCAGGGCCCCCCCUCAUCACAAGCGCAGACCCCGGGGGACCUGGGCUACGCUCCCUCCUCGGGGCCCGCAGGCACCCCUCUGGGGAGCCUCGGGGAGCACCACCACCCGGGGCACCACCCGGCGGGCGACGUGCCGUGCUAUACGGACAUCAUCACGCAGCAGCACGCCAGGGACUCGCCCAGCCCGGAGCCCAGCGGGCCGGCGUCCAUGCAGAGCAUCUCCAGCGAGAUGUGUGGCCCCGGCACACCCUUCACGUCGCUGUCCCUCAACGGCAGCGGCUAUAGCAACCAGCUCUCGCACACGUCCUCAGAGAUGAGUGAAGGCACGGUCUGGUAGCUGGGGCUGCACACAGAGAGGAAGAGGAAGGAUAAGCAUAUAUACUCUUUUGAUCCCGUGAGGGAAGGAGAGAAGAGGAAGAGGAAGAGGAAGAGGAAGAAAAGGCUAUGGUACUCCACACUGGCUCAGAACACUUAGGGCCUGGACUAUUUUUAUUGUUCUGUUAUUUAAAUAUUAAAAUUUAUUUAUGUGAGUAUUUAUUAUUUAUUUCAUUGAUUAAUUAUUUGUAUUUAUUCAUUAGAGCAAAUAUUACAAGUUGGCCAUUUUAUCCACCAUCUUGAUUGUUGUAUUUAUAUGAUGUGCUUCUGUAAUAAAGACUUAAUUGUUGCAACUUGCAACAAUGGAACUAUACUGUAGUCCUUUGCUGGUUAAUGGUCUAUGGAUUUGCAUUUAACAAAGACAUGUGAUGGGGACUGUUGCAGACAUUUAAGGUUGGAUGUAAUACUGGUUAGGCAGGUUAGGUGUCUAGUAUUAUCAUGACAUUAAUUCUCAUUAGACUCUGCUGCCUGUAAAAAUAUACUGACACCUGAAACCAUCACACAACAGAUUUUCAUUAGGACUGAUCAUACAUGUCUGUAAAUCUUUUUUUUUUUUAUUCCACCAAAUCUCAGAAGUUUGGCCUUCACACGGACGUCUUCACAUGGAGAACUGUUAACCCUUUAUUUAUGAACAAACAACUUGAAUUGUAAAAUGAAGUCUACCUUCUAAAAUGUCUCAGCUAUGCUGUGUAGUUGACAUGAACUGUUGUUUACGAGCAUUCUCUUCAGGGGUUGGAAAUCUUAGCAUUGCUAAUGGCCUCUUGGCACUGGAGAAUGUGUUUCAAGCACCAACCAAACUUUUGUAUGUGUUCUAGGCCUACUUGUUAUUUUUGUUUGUAUGAUUUCACUGUGCUAGUUUGUGAA